AUGCAGCCGGCAAUGAUGAUGUUUUCCAGUAAAUACUGGGCAAGGAGAGGGUUUUCUCUGGAUUCAGCAGUGCCUGAAGAGCAUCAGAUACUUGGCAGCUUAACAGUUUCUACCUUCUUGAAGUUAAAUAAAGCUAACUCUGGCAAAAAUGAUGAUAAAAAAAGCAGCAAGGGGAACAGCAAAAGUGAAACUGGUCCCGAAAGUGGCAAGACGGCUGUUGUCUUCUCGUUGAAAAAUGAAGUUGGAGGAUUGGUAAAAGCGUUGAAACUCUUUCAGGAGAAACAUGUCAACAUGGUUCAUAUCGAGUCCAGGAAAUCCCGGAGAAGAAGUUCAGAGGUUGAAAUCUUUGUGGACUGUGAGUGUGGCAAAACGGAAUUUAACGAGCUCAUUCAGUUGCUGAAAUUUCAAAGUACAAUUGUAACGCUGAAUCCGCCGGAGAACAUUUGGACAGAGGAGGAAGAGCUAGAGGAUGUGCCCUGGUUCCCCCGGAAGAUCUCUGAGUUAGACAAAUGCUCUCACAGAGUUCUCAUGUAUGGUUCUGAGCUUGACGCCGAUCACCCAGGAUUUAAGGACAAUGUCUAUCGACAGAGAAGAAAGUAUUUUGUGGAUGUGGCCAUGGGUUAUAAAUAUGGCCAGCCCAUUCCCAGGGUGGAGUACACGGAGGAAGAAACAAAAACAUGGGGCGUUGUGUUCCGAGAGCUCUCCAAACUGUAUCCCACUCAUGCUUGCCGGGAGUAUUUGAAAAACUUCCCUCUGCUGACUAAACACUGUGGCUACCGGGAGGACAAUGUGCCUCAACUCGAAGAUGUGUCCGUGUUUCUGAAAGAAAGAUCAGGCUUCACGGUGAGGCCGGUGGCUGGAUACCUGAGUCCGCGAGACUUUCUGGCAGGACUGGCCUACAGAGUGUUCCAUUGCACUCAGUACGUCCGGCAUGGCUCGGACCCCCUCUACACCCCGGAACCAGACACAUGUCAUGAACUCCUGGGACAUGUUCCACUACUCGCGGAUCCUAAGUUUGCUCAGUUUUCACAAGAAAUAGGCCUGGCAUCUCUGGGAGCAUCAGAUGAAGAUGUUCAGAAACUAGCCACCUGCUAUUUCUUCACAAUUGAGUUUGGCCUCUGCAAGCAAGAAGGGCAACUACGGGCAUAUGGAGCAGGACUACUUUCCUCCAUUGGAGAAUUGAAGCAUGCUCUUUCUGACAAGGCAUGUGUGAAAGCCUUUGACCCAAAGACCACUUGCUUACAGGAAUGCCUUAUCACCACUUUCCAGGAAGCCUACUUUGUUUCAGAAAGUUUUGAAGAAGCCAAAGAAAAGAUGAGGGACUUUGCAAAGUCAAUUACCCGUCCCUUCUCUGUGUACUUCAAUCCCUAUACACAGAGUAUUGAAAUUCUGAAAGACACCAGAAGUAUUGAAAACGUGGUGCAGGACCUUCGCAGUGAUUUGAACACAGUGUGUGAUGCCUUGAACAAAAUGAACCAGUAUCUGGGGAUUUGA